AUGGAGUCAAAUGAGGUCGAAAUUGAGGACGCUCCGCCUGGAUACAAGUCAUAUGUCUGGCAGUAUUUUGGCUUUCUCAUUAAAAAAGACAAAGACGGCAAUAGAGUAACUGACAAGACUAAGACUGUGUGUAAGCUAUGCCAUGCUGUCAUUCCGUACACCACAUCCAACACAUCAAACAUGAACCACCACCUUCAACGUCACCAUAAAAAUGUGAAGACGGCCCCGGAGAAAACGAGCCUACCGAAGGGACAGCUGACCAUGAAACAAACGCUGACACCAACUCUACCUCCGUCAAGUCUGCAUGCAAAACAGAUAACCAGGCUCAUUGGCGAAUUCAUAGCGGACUAUAUGGCUCCAUUUAACAUGGUAGAGAACAGAAAAUUCAUCCAAAUGUUCAAUGUGCUGGAGCCCAAGUUUAAGAUGCCAUGUCGAGGACAUUUUUCAGAGAAGGUAAUCCCGGAAAUUUACAAUAAAACCAAACAAAGCGUGAAAGAGUAUCUAAAAAAUGCCGACUGUGUCGCCCUGACCACCGACAGCUGGACCUCGCGUGCAACACAGAGUUAUAUAACCAUCACGGCAGAAGUCAUCAACGAGAAAUGGGAGAGAAAAAGCUUUGUGUUGCAAACUCGUGAGCUAAGUGAAAGUCAUACUGGUGUUAACAUAGCUCACGUGUUGAGAAAUGUGAGUGAGUGGGAGCUAACGAGGCCACAAACAACCAUUGCUUGUGUCACAGACAACGCGAGCAACAUGGACAUUGCUGUGAGAGAGAGCGGUCUCCACCCUCACAUCAAGUGCUUAGCGCAUGUUGUGAAUCUGGCCAGUAAGCGAGGCUUGGCUGUAUCCAGCGUCGCGCGCCUUCUUGGUCGUGUGCGAAGAAUAACUACAUUCUUUCACAAGAGCACCACGGCCACCGCCGUCCUGACCAACAAGCAAACCCAGUUAGAGCUGCCUCGGCAUAAACUUAUCACCGAUGUCCAAACCAGGUGGAAUAGCACAUACAACAUGCUGGCGCGCUACCUGGAGCAACAAGCAGCUGUCUCAGCUGCACUGAGCUGCCCAGGAAUCCGAAGGAAUGCGAGAGAAAUUGACACUCUGGAUAACAGUGAUAUAUCAGAUGUCGAGGACAUAGUGAAACUGCUUAAGCCACUGAAGACAGCCACAACAGUUGUCUGUGAUGAAAAAGAGCCCACUGUUUCACUGAUAAUCCCACUGAAGUUCAUGAUCGAGCAAAGCAUGUCACCAGACGAAAAUGACACACAGACCAUCGCCAACAUGAAAAGCGGCAUUCUACUCGACAUCUCGGACCGGUACUCGGGGGACUGUAAUGACAUGCUGCAGGAGUGCACUGCGCUUGACCCACGAUUCCGAAGCCUGUCCCAUCUGAAUGAUGAACAACGCGAGUCCGUCUAUGCCCGAAUACGUGAAAAAGCUUCAGCACUUCAUGAGCAGCGCAACCAGGUAGGCUAA